UGAGAGCCGGUUGUGGUGUGAGGGCUCCCCAUGGGCUCUGGAGCUGUCCCUGUGCCCCAGGUUCCCCCCAGAUAUGACCCCCGAUGGCCUUUGGGUCCCACACAUGUCCCCACACCCGCAAGACACCCCCAGAUGUUUCCCACAUAUGUCUCCGCACCUCACGUGUCCAUCCAGAGCCAUUCCCCACUGCCACCCUCAGCCCCUUUCCCAGUGCCACCCUCAGCCCCUUUCCCUGCUCAGGACCCCCCAUGGGGAUGGAGUGUGGGUAUGGGGAGGAGGAGGUGACACCCCCAGCCGUGCCCCACGUGUGUUCCCCCAUGUGUGUCCCCGUGCCCCCCUCGCACUCCACACGUGUCCCCACACUCCAGGGCACCCCAAGGCCACCCCGGGGGAUCCCCGGUGCCACCCCAGCCCCGGUGUCCCCCCAGGACCUCCCCGCAGGGAUGGAGGGGCGCGGGGAGGAGGCAUCAGAGGAGCCGGAGGUGUCGGAGCCAUCAGAGGAGGAGGAGGAGGAGGAAGAGGAGGAGGAGGAGGAGGGCUCCGGGGUGCGGGUGACGCCGGCGCUGCUCAAGGCCACGACGGGCGAGUUCUCCCUGGAGUCCAUCCUGCUGCUGCGGCUGCGCGGCCGCGGCAUCGCCCACCUGGGCUGCCUGGCCGACUGCUCCAACCUGGAGUGGCUGGACCUGUCGGGCAACGCCAUCGCGGGGCUGGCGCCGCUGGCCGCGCUGCGCGCCCUGGCCGUGCUCAACCUGGCCGCCAACCGCGUGGCCAGCGUGGAGCCGCUGCGUGCUGCCGCAGCCUCGCGCCAGCUCAACCUGGCCGGCAACCGCCUGCGCAGCCUGCGCCAGCUGCGCUGCCUGCGAGGCCUGCGGCACCUGGAGAGCCUGCGCCUGGGACCGCGCGGCGGCCUGGCCAACCCGCUGUGCGCCGCCCCGGCCUACAGCGCGGCUGGCGCCGCCAUGCUGCCCGGCCUCAAGGCCAUCGACGGGCAGCCGGGCGGCCGCGGCAGCGGCUUUUUCCGCCUGUGCCGCGAAGCUGGACGCGCCCUGGACGGGCAGGACGCGCCCGCCGCCGCGGCCGCGGAGCCGCCGCAGCCCUGGGUGCGCGCCGGCUUCUGGGAGGCGCGGCCGGCGCAGCGCAGCCGUGCGAGGGAGGCCACGCGGCAGCUGGGCCAGGCCCCUGCGCGAGUGCCGCUGAGCCGCCCGCCGCCACGGCGCCACUCCAUCGCGCAGGCACAGCGCGCGUUCGGCCGCCGCCAGCACGGCGACUUCGGGUUCUGAGCGCCGCGGGGACACACGGGCUGGAGAUGGCCUUGGCUGGGCUGUGGGAGCCCAAAGGUGGGAAUGGAGAGCCCCCAAAGAUGGCAAUGGAGAGCACCCAAAGGUGGGAAUGGAGAGCCCCCAAAGAUUGGAAUGGAGAGCCCCCAAAGGUGGGAAUGGAGAGCCCCCAAAGAUGGCAAUGGAGAGCACCCAAAGGUGGGAAUGGAGAGCCCCCAAAGGUGGGAAUGGAGAGCCCCCAAAGAUAGGAAUGGAGAGCCCCCAAAGCCACCAUAGCCCAAAGCCAUCAUCAUCUGAGCCACAGGACCCCAAAGAUGGCAACGGAGAACCCCCAAAGGUGGGAAUGGAGAGCCCCCAAAGCCACCACAGCCCAAAGCCAUCAUCAUCUGAGCCACAGGACCCCAAAGAUGGCAACGGAGAACCCCCAAAGGUGGGAAUGGAGAACCCCCAAAGGUGGGAAUGGAGAGCCCCCAAAGCCACCACAGCCCAAAGCCAUCAUCAUCUGAGCCACAGGACCCCAAAGAUGGCAACGGAGAACCCCCAAAGGUGGCAAUGGAGAACCCCCAAAGGUGGGAAUGGAGAGCCCCCAAAGAUAGGAAUGGAGAGCCCCCAAAGCCACCAUAGCCCAAAGCCAUCAUCAUCUGAGCCACAGGACCCCAAAGAUGGCAACAGAGAACCCCCAAAGGUGGGAAUGGAGAACCCCCAAAGGUGGGAAUGGAGAACCCCCAAAGGUGGGAAUGGAGAGCCCCCAAAGCCACCACAGCCCAAAGCCAUCAUCAUCUGAGCCACAGGACCCCAAAGAUGGCAACGGAGAACACCCAAAGAUGGCAACGGAGAACCCCCAAAGAUUGGAAUGGAGAGCCCCCAAAGAUGGGAAUUGAGAGCCCCCAGAGAUGGGAAUGGAAAACCUCCAGAGCCACCACAGCCCAAAGCCACUGUCAUCUGAGCCACAAGACCCCAUAAACGGGGCCAGGAGAAUCCCCAAAGCCUCCAUCAUCUGAGCCACAAGACCCCAAAAACGGGGACAGAAGAACCCCCAGAGCCACAACAGCCUGAGCUGUGGGACCCCAAAACCAGGGCUGGGAUACCCCCAGAGCCAUCACCAGUCCAGCUCCUUCAUCUUCCCAAGUGUGAGACCCCAAAACCAGGGCUGGGAGCCCUCAGUGCCACCCCUGCCCAAGGUCAUUUCCUUCGCCAUGGGAGCCCAGAAAUGGAUCCAGGAAAGCCCCCAGAGCCCGCACCGUCACCCUGAGACCCCCAGAGCCACCACAAACCUGUCUCCUUCCUCCUGUGAGCUGUGGGACCCCCACACUGGAGCUGGGGCACCCCCAGAGCCACCCCAGCCCAGCAGAGGAUGCCCAGGGAGCAGCAGAGGGGCCGUGGGGAGCCCAGCCUCGGCUGGGGGACAUCUCGGGGACAGGGGCCGUAGUGGCACCGUGCAUUAAACAUGUCCCACCCUCCAGUGUCCCUCUGUCCUGUGGCCUCAGGGGUCUCUCACCCAUCGUGUCCCUGUCUUUCAGCCCUGGGGACAAGAGGGGACGCAGGCAGUGGUGACAUGGAGCCCAUUGCCCACCCACCGUGUCCCCAUCUCAU